UUUUCGUUGAAACUAACCUUUUUGUGAACUAUUUAUUAUUUCAAUUUAAAAAUUAAAAUAGAAUCUUCAAAAUUUCAAGAUGAUAAUUAGAACACCAACUACACUUGUUCAGAAAAAAUUCACUCGAAGUCUAAGUAAAUAUAUUAAUCCAGAUCGAUCCGCAAAAGCAAUUCGACAAAAGUUCCUUGAUUAUUUUAUUAAAGAUUGCAAUCAUCACUUUGUUCGUUCAAGUCCUGUUGUACCCUACUGUGAUCCUUCUGUUGCAUUUGUGAAUGCUGGAAUGAAUCAAUUCAAAAGUAUAUUUGUUGGUCAUCAAGAACCUAAAUAUAAGAAAGUUGCAAAUUCACAAAAAUGCAUCAGAGUUGGAGGAAAGCAUAAUGAUUUAAAUGUUGUUGGCUCAGAUGGUUAUCAUCAUACCUUUUUCGAAAUGUUAGGAAACUGGUCAUUUGGAGAUUACUUCAAGGCGGAAGCUUGCGAAUUGGCCUGGAAGUUGUUACUGGAUGUUUAUAAAAUACCAAGCGAUAGACUUUAUGUUACAUAUUUCAAAGGUGAUGAAGAAUUAAAGAUUGAAGAAGAUUUAGAAACCAAAGAAAUUUGGCGGUCAAUUGGCGUUAGCACUGAUAGGAUCAUCCCAUUUGGGAUGAGUGAUAAUUUUUGGGAAAUGGGAGAAGUUGGCCCUUGUGGUCCUUGUACAGAAAUUCAUUAUGAUCAUUUAAUUGGAUCUGAGAAUAGGUCUAGCUUAAUUAACAAAGGCCUUUUUGAUCUCACAGAGCUUUGGAAUAUUGUUUUCAUCGAAUAUAAUAGGAAUCAGGAUGGUACUAUUUCUAUUUUACCUAAGAAACACGUGGACACAGGAAUGGGCUUUGAAAGACUAACUGCAAUACUACAGAAUAAAACCAGUAAUUACGAUACAGAUAAUUUCGAUUACCUUAUAAAAGCAGUCGAAAAAAUUUGUUCUAAAAUAGAUAGAUACAAAGGUAUGUAUGGAGAGCAAGACUGGAACAACUUGGAUACCUCCUAUAGAAUUUUAGCAGAUCAUUCAAGAAUGGUUACAGCUUCUUUAGCUGAUGGAAUUAUUCCAGAGCAGAAUCAGAAAUUAAGAAGAAUAUUGAGAAAAUGUUUUUGUAUCAGUACUGAUGUUUUUCAAAGGGAAGGGUUAGUAAAGGAAUUAUCCAAUUAUGUUGUUGAUAGUUUAGGUCCUGUUUACCCAGAAAUGGAGAGGAAUAUUGCAUACAUCCACCAAAUUAUAGAUUAUGAAGAAGAAGUAUAUAGAGACCUACAAAGAAGUGCUCAAAGUGAAUGGGGAGAAUUACUUAAACAAAAUGAGAAUUUGAAAUUUUUGGACGUUCUUGAAGCCCCUAGUCUAAUUCCUGCAUAUAAAGAUUUGAUGAAGUUGAAACCUAAGGAAAUAAAUGGAGAAAUAGCUUUUAAGUUAUAUGAUACUUUUGGUUUAGAUCGUUCUUCAAUAGAUAAAUUAGCAAGGUCUUUGGGUCUUCCAUUUGAAGAAAAAGAAUUGCAAUUGGAAUUAGAGAAAGCUAAAAAAAGGAGUAAGCAAAAAACAGCAAUCAAAAUCAAUACAUUAUUAUAUCAGUUUCAGAAAGAAUCCGUCCCUAAAACUUGUGAUACUUCAAAAUAUAAUUUUAGUAAGCUUAAAGAUAAUUAUGUAUUCGAACCUCUACAUGUGAAGGUAUUAAGAAUUAUACAUCAUGAUGAAAUUGUGAAAAAAAUAGGUCCUGAUACAUUUUGUAGUUUACUUCUGGAUAAAACGAAUUUAUAUAGCGAAGCAGGAGGUCAAGUGAGUGAUCGAGGUACAAUUCAGUUUGAAAAAGCUGUUUUCAUCGUAGCGGAAACAGAAAAUUUGAAUUCUUAUAUAUUACAUAAAGGAUUCCUCAAAUGUAAAGGUACUUAUAGUUUAUGUGUUGAUUCUGUUGGUACACUCUCAGUUGAUGAAGAAAACAGAAUGAGUAUUAUGAGGAAUCAUACAGCUACUCAUUUAUUAAACUCUGUACUGAAACAACUGAAGGGGGCUACCUGCCAAAAGUCAAGUAAAGUAACUGAGGAUUUUCUGAAUCUUGAUGUUGGAAUAUUUGGGCCCAAGCUAACCACCCAUGAUAUUGAAGAAGUGGAAUACAAAAUAAACAGCAUAAUUUCUAAGAGAUUGGAAGUUGUUACUAGUGAAAUCAACAGUCAAAAAUUAUUGGAAUAUGAUGAUAUCAUAACAGUUCCUGGUGAGGUAUAUCCAGAGGAGAGUUUGAGAUUAGUUGAAAUAAAAGAAAAUGAUGAGGUAAUUUCAAGAGAACCCUGCUGUGGUACCCAUGUUUUCAACACUUCUGACAUAGGAAAUAUUUCUAUAAUAAAAAUGAAAUCAUUGGGUAGAAGCACAGUGUCUUUAAGUGCUGUAACAGGAUUGAAAUCAAAAAUAGCCACUGAGAAUGCCUCAGAAAUUUCUGAUGAAGUUAGUAUGCUUCAAAAGACAGUUUCAGAAAAUAUAGACAAACCGGAUGUCUUGAACAUUGCUGUUGCUUCAUUGAGGAACAAAGUAAUUGCAUCAGAAACUCUCAUGCCAAUUUAUAUCAAACAGAAAUGUCUCAAAGAUUUGGAUGAUAUCAGCAAACGAGUCAAGAAUAUAGCUAAAGUAACUUUGAAUGAAUUUAUUGAUAUGGAAAUGCAAAAUGUUUUGGAUUCUAAAGUGCAGACUACAAAUUCAAACAAGCAAUAUAUAAUCCACUACCUUAGGACUUCAAUGAUAUUAGAAAAUGUUCCUUUGCAGAGAGCUACAAAAAUGUGCAAAAAUAUUCCGGUUAUGGUGAUCUCAUAUACUGAUAAUAUUGUCCAAGCUAGGUGUUGUGUUCCAAAACAAUUUUGUACAGAAAAUUUCACAGCUGAUAAGUGGUUGAAGGAGAGUGUGGUGAAAGUUUUUGAUGGAUAUGUUAUGAAUGUGAAAGGACAAAGUGAAAAACUUGUGUGUAAUAUGAAACCUAAAAGGGUUAAUAUUCAAGACUGGGAUUUUCUUCUUAAACAUAGUAUGUCAGCCGCACAAGAAUUUGUAGAAAGAUAUUUGUAAAAUUGUAAAUAAAAAUAUAUGAUAUAUUAAUG